AUGACUCAAGGAAAGACCACGUACAAAAUCCGACUCACGAAGGCCAUCUGCGUAGAUCUUCCGUACGAGAUAGCCUGGAAUGUGACCUGUCGACUGAAGCUGUAUCGAGAUCAACCAUCCAAGAUGUUGUUCCGCGUCGAAGUCGAUCAGGUCGAUCAUCUCUUCCUGACCUUUGCAAUGUACUACAAGUACCAUUUGACCUAUCAACCGCUGUUGAUGGAGACUACCUUCGAUGUGUGCAGUUAUCUGGACAAGUUCAAAAGUCGUGGAUAUGCGAGCGUGUCUCCAUCGCUGGAUCUAGAUCAAACUGCCAUGUUCAUCCUGAGUAUCCUGGAGAAGAACAAUCCACAGGCCAUCCGCUCGGGUUGUCCCUAUAGAGGUGUCAUCGCGUUCGAAAAUUUCCGCAUUGACGAAACCAUGGCACCACAGUUUUUGCCUGCCGGCGAGUAUCGGCUGGAUAUGCGGUACUUCAACGAAAAGAAUCAAACCGUCAUGCAUUCGCAGGUUUUUGGGUCGGUUCGAGCCAUCGGAAUUGUGGAUUUGUCAAUGGGAUAAACUCGGCCAA